GAUCUUCUCCUCCCGGUACAGUAAUUCUUUUGCUUCCAUGGUGUCAACCUCCAUUUCCUUCCUUUCUUUUGCUUCAUCUGUAUCUGAAGUGACUGUACUAAAACGAGUGCACGAGAAAGAGAGAGAGAAGAAAAGAGACUCAAGGGGAGGAAGGGAAGAAGCUUUCACUCCCACUGGAAGACAGUGAUCGAUAUCUGUAAUUAACUUCUAGCACAUCCAUGUCCCAAGGUCGCUACCAAGGCAUAACGACGUGCCAAGGACAUCAGAUGGAGCACCACAUAGCUCAACAGAGCCGGAGAGACAAGCUGAAGGUGCAAGGAUUUGAAGCCACAACUCUGCACCCACUGGACCAGAUUGAAGAAAAAAUAUUAGAUCUUGGUACCUAUGAGCAUGCUAGGACUGGUAACAUACUAUCAGACAUGUUCAGUUUUCCAACACCCAGACUAGCUAACCAGAUCUCCGGGAUCGACCGCCUACCGCAAAGGCCGGUAGCUGAAUUCUCCGGCGAGUGGUAUGGGGACAACAGACAAGGGGUGGUGAUGGGCAGUAAUUUUAGCUCUUUGGGUGAUACUGCAGCAGAUCCAGCGACGGUGCAACUCUUGUUAAUGAACAUGACAUCUCAUGAGCAACACCCAAGGUCUGCUACCUUCGGAGAUGGCUCAUUUAGUGGGGGAAUGGUAGAAAACCAAGGGCUAUCUCUAUCACUCUCUUCGUCUCUUCACCAACUAGAGAUGGGUGGAGUGAGUGUGAUAAGGAAUUCAAGGUUUGUGAGGGCUGCUACAGAGCUGUUAGAAGAGGCCUGCGGUGUGUGGAGGGAGCAAUUGAAGGGGAGAGGGUCAAGAAGGCAAAUUUGCUCCUCAAACCCUAACCAUAACCCUAGAUUUGCAGGUGCUAAUGGUGCUACUUCUAGUACUGUUGUUGGGUCUUCUUCAUCGCCUAAGUAUCUGCCAUCCUUGUCUUCUGCUGAUAGGUUUGAGUACCAAAGGAAGAAGGCCAAGCUCUUGUCCAUGCUUGAUGAGGUGGAUAAGAGAUACAACCACUACUGUAACCAGAUGCAGAUGGUAGUGAAUUCCUUUGAUUCAGUGAUGGGCUUCGGAGCUGCAACACCAUAUACAGUCCUUGGUCACAAGGCCAUGUCACGGCACUUCCGCUGCAUCAAGGAUGCAAUCAAUAAGCAAUUGAAACAAGUGCAUGAACUCCUUGGAGAGAGAGAAGUGGGUAGCACUUCAGGGAUCACUAAAGGGGAGACCCCAAGGCUUAGGUUGCUUGAACAAAGCCUGAGGCAGCGUCGACCAUAUCACCAGUUUGGAAUGAUAGAAUCUGAAGCUUGGAGGCCUCAGCGAGGCUUACCUGAACGUUCAGUGAACGUUUUGAGAGCAUGGCUUUUUGAGCACUUCCUUCACCCCAGGUCUCCAACUGGUUCAUAAACGCAAGGGUCCGGCUGUGGAAGCCUAUGGUGGAAGAGAUCUAUCAACAAGAGGCCAAGGAUAAGGAGGCAGAAGGCAACAAGGACAGACGUGAAACAAGGCCACAGUCACCAUCCCACCAUAAUUCACCACUAGGCCAGGGACCAGAAGCCAAUAGACCUCAAAGCCCGGCGGUGGCCACAGCUCACCAAUUAUCUAACGACGACACCAUCCUCAUAGGCACCGAUGCACCCACCUCUGCCGUGGACCUUUGUGGAGCAGACAUGGAACCCAUGGAUGACUUGUGUGGGGCCGCUGCAGCCACCGCACUGGGUUCCAGUGUGCGUCUUGGUGCAAGUGGAGAUGUGUCGCUAACUCUCGGCCUACGGCAUUCUGGGAACCCGUCAGAAAAGCACUGGUUUUAUGGUUAAGAAAGUUUUGGAGGGAGGGCUGUUAUAAAAAAGAGGAGGAGGGGGAGAGAAAGAAUAGCAGAUUAGCCUUCUAAUUACUGUUAUUUGUGUUCUUCUUUUUCAGACAAUCAGGGAAAGAUGUAUGUGGGAAGAAAUAGAUUUGAGAACUAAGAACGCAUAAACAUGAUCACUAAGUUGCAGGUUGCUUAGAAGAGAAAGGAAUUGCAUGCCACUGAUCAACUUUUCGUUUCUUCUUCA